CCCACCUCUGGGAAUCUGCUGGCUCUUCCACACACUGCCACUGAACUCCGGUCAAGUUUUUACUGGAGCUGAAGAGAGACUGAGCUGACACAAAAUGAGAGGACUUGUUGUCUUGGUAACUUUGGCCUGCUUUGCCACUGCUCAGCACCAAGCACUGAUUGACUAUUUGGAGCGGAGGCUGCUCGCUAUUGAGGACCGGAUCUCUCUAUGGCACGAACAGACCAGCCGUUACGCCUCAGAGCUGCGGGAGCUGAAGCAACAAAUGGUUUCCCAGCUGGAGAACCUGGACAAAGAGAAAGAAACGCUGAGAACCAAUCUUGACAGUGUGGGCACGAGGGUGGAUCGAGUUGAACGUGAGCUGGACUACCUGGAAACCCAGAACGGGGCUCAGCCGUGUGUGGAUGUGGACGACAAGCUGAUAGAGCAGCAGGUGACUAUGGUUAAGGAAAAGCAGAGGGCCAAAUAUUCCAAACUCUCAGACUGCAGUGACAUGAUCUCCAGUAUUAAAGCCAUGAAGAUCUUGAAGCGAGUCGGAGGUUCAAAGGGCAUGUGGAGCAAGGACAGCAGCAGGGGCUCUGGGAAGGUCUACGUCUUUAAUGGGACAGAUGACGACACCAUCCACGAGUUUUCCUCCGUGCAAGACUUCGCCCGCUCUCUGGGCAUGUCUCUGUCCAAGAGUCUGAAGCUGCCGACAGCCUGGAGGGGAACAGGACACGUCAUCUACAACAAUCACGCGUAUUAUAUAAAUCAGGCUGAGGAGAUAAUGGUGGUUAAAUAUGACAUAAAGAGCAACUCUGUGACUGACAGCACAGUGUUUCCUGUUCAGGACCAUGUCCCGGUGUACGGCCUCACCCCUGAGACAGUGAUGGACCUGGCUGUGGACGAGGAAGGCCUGUGGGCCAUUUACGCCACGCGGCAAAACGAGCGGCACAUCUCACUGGCUAAAAUGGACUCCAACUCACUGGACAUCGAGCAGAUGUGGGACACAAACUGCCCAAGAGAGAACGCGGAGGCGGCCUUUGUCAUCUGUGGCACGCUCUAUGUGGUGUACAACACCAAGCAGCCCGGACGCUCACGUGUGCAGUGUGUGUUUGACGUCAACGACAUGGUGACCAAUGAAGACGCACCCCUUGUUUACUUUCCAAAACGCUACGGAGCUCACUCCAGUCUGAAGUACAACCCACAGGAGCAGCUGCUCUAUGCCUGGGAUGAUGGCUACCAGAUCCUGUACAAGCUUAUACUGAAAAAGAAACUAGAAAUUUGAGUGCAUUAAUACAAACAUUCAUCGUAGCAAAAAUCCCCCAAAUCCACCCACCAAUCGUUAAAGGGCCAUACCAUGUUUUUUUGCAAAUUUUAGCCCCUAUUAAAUCAUGUAAUUUCACAUAACUGGUGACCAUUUUAUAAUGUUUGUUGUGGCGUUUCAGAUUUUUUUUUAUGCAUUUUUCAGGCAGCCAUUGGUUUCCAUCUCAUACAGUUCAAUAGUGCAUCAUAGUAUAUAGGAAGUCUACAUUUUUUAAAUACAAAUGCCACAAUGUGUUACUUCACAACAAUUACAUAGCUUUUAAGACACAGCUGAAUGCAGACACGAUGUUUCAACCAUCAUCUGAUUUUCAAACUAUGAGGAAAUUAUCAGAAAACGUGAUGUUUUUAACGGUAAGAAAAAUCUCAAUAUAGUUAAGGGCGACUCAAUGGGUUACAAUAAGAAGUCAGUUUCUGUAAUACUCGGAGAAAAUGAUGCCAUGAGGAGUAUGAGGAGUUUAUGUUCUUCGUCGCUGGCUUUAAGUCUUCUCCAUUACACCAUGAUGUUCAUUUAGUAAAUUAUGGUGUCAUUUAAAAUAGAGUAAAAUAGGCGAUACACUUCAGUAUGCACUGGGGUGUGGAUACACCAGGACUGACAGUUUGUACCAUCCAAUGUGUGAGGUCGCAGGUGUAGGUGGAUGUGCAGUGGUUGAACUCUCAGCCAGGCCCCCACUCCUCCAAAUUUGGUUACUAUUGGUCAGAGCUGUCUAGUAAGUCUAAUGAGGCUUGCACAUCACGUGACCUAUGUAGACUUCAGAUAGUUUCCAGAUGUUCAUUAUUAAGAGCGACAGAAACGCAAUUUUUGGUAAAUAGUAGUCAAUAAAUGUAUCGAUUUACAAUAACGCAGACUGACAUGCCUAUGUAUUUAUUCUAUGUAGUUAGUCAAUAUGUUUUUUUUAAAGUAAAAUUAUUUUUCCUAAAAUGCUUUAAUACACAUGUUGUUGUGAUUCAGAUGUGCUGUCAAUAUACAAUCUGAUUAUUUAAACUUCUUACCCUUCAUAAGUGCAACACAGACGGUCUGCUGAUACUCUAACGCGCUGCUACUCACUUCCGGGAACUUUUGAGAGGCUCCAUGAUCCGCCAUUACUGGAAGAAGAAAAAAAAGGUCCAUUGGAGUGAACGGAUUGUCGCGACUCUCUCUGCUACUGGUUUCCAAAAAAUGAUAUGUUGGCCAAAAAAAACGGCUGUUCAAAAACGAAUGGGUGAUUUCACAGUGUGUUGGCACUUGGUUUAUACCGCAAAGAGAACGGCGUUACGACAGUGUCAUGACAAACAAACUGGGCCACACAGACAGGAAGUGAGAGAAGUGGCGUUGAUUAGGCGAUCACACUCAGGUGCGCGGAGGAAUUGGCGGGAGAGCAGUCAUCCCGAAGCCACGCCCAGCCAGCAACACACACUUGAUAGGGACAGAGACAGUCACCAGGGACAGGAAAUCAGGAAGAAGACAUAAAAAAACAGCAAAGCAACAAGUCAAAUCUCCACAAUCAUAACAUUCACUUUCAGACGCGGACAUGAGAGGUAUUAUGUGUUUGCUUCAUCUGAGACAUGGCUGCCAGAAUCUCAUUUCUAAUCACACUGCAGUUCCACCCUCACCACUGCUGGUGGGUCCACUUGAACAGGUUCACUGUACUUGAUCUCUUGUGCUAGGAGUUGUUCCAAAUGCUUUAUAUUCUAGCUCAUGCUAAUAUUUAAAUAUAGGUCAUGUCAUACUUACUGGACUUUUUUAGUAAAAUACACCUGACAACUCACAUUAACCUCACUGUCAAUAUCUGUGCAUCUUGUAGUUUACAUGUCUUUUUGCAGUUGGUAGAAAUUUGUUGUUUCCAUAUGAAUCGGAUUAAUUGAACCUCUGUUUUUGUCCACCCCCUGUCACAUGUCCCCUCCUGCAAUUGUUCAGUUGAGUCAAAGAUAAAGGUAACAGCUAAUGUAGUUUCCAUAGCCAGUCUAAAUUAUGGCUCUUGUGUUGAUGAGCUUUUCAAUAACAUUUAUUAUAUUCAAUACAAAGUCUAACUUAGAUUCGAAAAUUGCAUCAGAAAUAAAAAAAAAGUGUCUUGAUUUAAACCCUAAUUUAGUUGCGUUAUUGAUUCAGGAGUCUUCAACUAGUCAAAUGUGUAGUGUUCGUAUUGUUUAAUACCAACAACUAUCAUCAUCGAAAUAUCUAUGACGUUGUCUCUUAUAUAGCAUCACAAAAAUGCUGUCGUUACGGGCAAGAAGCAGCUAGCUGGCUAGCACUAAUAUAUUUUUCUCUUUAUGUUUUAUAAAUAUUUUUCCCAUAAGCCAAGCAAAUGUGUUUUUUGUUUAUUUUUUUCCUUAAUGAAAUCAUCAAAAAAUAACAUUCCAUCACUAUUUGAAUUAUGCCUCACAUGAUACAUUAUAAUGUUGAUAAUUAAUUUAUAUAUCAGAAUAAAAUCUUUUUCUUAUUAUUUGCCUAUAAUUGCUCAUUUCCCCUCAAGUUUAUUUCUUCUUGUUAUUGUUCUUAACGAAUGCCCUGUCUAUGAACAGUAUGAAGAGAUUCAAAAAAAUUUAAGCCACUGUAUAGGAUUUUAACAUUUUAAACUUUUUUAGCCAUAAUGUUUUUUUUCCUAUUUCACCCUGCUUCCUUGAAAGUGUAUUGCUGUAUUGACAUGACGUCUAAAUAUGGCGUGACUAAUAAAAACUCAUUCAUGUAUAAGAAAUUA